AUGUCUGACAGAAUAUCCAAGGGUCGAUGCCUGUUCGUAGCUUACAAAUUACCCAAUUCAAUUUCUAAUGGAACAUCCUUUCUCUAUGCGGAUUCAAAAAAUGGAGAAGAUUGGACUUUAUCCAAAGCUAAUAUUGAAGAUGAAACUUCAGCUAUUGGUAGAACAAUACUUCAAAUAUUUGAGGCUAAAAAGGCGAAGACUGAUUUAAUUGCUUUGUAUAAUGAUGAAAAUCCAAAUGAUGGAAAAAAUGAUUCUGGACGAGCACAUAUGAAGGUUUAUAUAAAUUAUUAA